GUUAUUGUUCCGCCGCCGCCGCGGGAGAACCAGGUUGGGCGGAGCGCGGAGGAAACCGGAAGUAUCUAGUGACGGGCUCUAGGAACAAUUCCGAUGACUGUCCACAACCUGUACCUGUUUGACCGGAAUGGAGUGUGUCUGCAUUACAGCGAGUGGCACCGCAAGAAGCAAGCGGGGAUCCCCAAGGAGGAGGAGUACAAGCUGAUGUACGGGAUGCUCUUUUCUAUCCGCUCGUUUGUCAGCAAGAUGUCCCCGCUAGACAUGAAGGAAGGCUUCCUGGCCUUUCAAACUAGCCGUUACAAACUCCAUUACUACGAGACGCCCACUGGGAUCAAGGUUGUCAUGAAUACUGACUUGGGCGUGGGACCCAUCCGAGACGUGCUGCACCACAUCUACAGUGCGCUGUACGUGGAGCUGGUGGUGAAGAAUCCCCUGUGUCCGCUGGGCCAGACUGUGCAAAGUGAGCUCUUCCGCUCCCGACUGGACUCCUACGUCCGCUCUCUGCCCUUCUUCUCUGCCCGGGCUGGCUGAAAGAAGCGCCCUACCUCACCUCUCAGAAGAAUCCCUGCCUGCUUGGGGCCCUUUCUAACCUGUUUCACCUGAAGGCCCCACUGAAAUCCCCUCUACCCCUCCCAACCCCCACUCCCAGCAGCCCUCCCAGGGCAACAGCCUAAAGCCCACACUGGUGCCCUCCCUGUCAAAGAAAGCCAUCAGGAGUCCUUACACCUCCAAACCAGGCCCUCUCUCCAGUUUUAUCCCCUAACUGAUACUUUGAGAAGUACAGAAUAAACUUUUUGUCACCUUC